UGGUUGCGGCGUUAGUGACGCACCCAGACCGGAAGCUUUGUACAAAUUAAAUAAGUUUGUGCGUUCAGCGCGUGCAGACAUUUCUGGCUAAUCACGGUCAUUAUCCGUCUUCAUUGCAACCAUGUCUACUGAAAAAUGUUUCGCCAAAGGAAGCCCUGCACCUGGUCCUGUUCCCAAAGACCGGAUACGUCUCUACAGCAUGAGAUUCUGCCCUUUUGCUGAAAGAACUAGAUUGGUGCUGAACGCCAAAGGGAUCAAGUAUGACACAAUCAACAUCCACUUGAAAGAGAAACCUGACUGGUUCCUAGAGAAGAAUCCACUCGGUCUUGUACCUGCACUGGAGACACCUGCUGGUGAAAUAAUAUACGAGUCUCCAAUCACCUGCGAUUACCUGGAUGAAGUGUAUCCUGAGAAGAAACUCCUUCCAUCCUCUCCUUUUGGAAAAGCCAAACAAAGAAUGCUGCUGGAGCAUUUUUCAAAGGUAAUACCCUAUUUCUACAAGAUCCCAGCAGCAAGAAGGAAUGGAGAGGAUGUUUCUGGACCAGAAGCUGAGCUGAAAGAGAAAUUUUCUAAAUUGAAUGAGCACUUGGAGAAGAAAAAGACCAAGUUCUUUGAAGGUGACAGCAUCACAAUGAUUGACUACAUGAUGUGGCCUUUCUUCGAGAGGAUUGAGGUCUUGGAGCUGAAGCACUGCCUGGACCACACACCUGAGCUGAAGAAGUGGGUAGAGCGCAUGCUAGAGGACCCAGCUGUUAAAAACACCCUGUACAGCAUGGAUACCUACAAAGCCUUUUACAAGAGUGUUGCUGAAGGGAAACCUGACUAUGACUAUGGCCUUUAAAAUAAAAGGCUGUUCUUCCGUCCAUUUAUCUGCAGGCCUCAGGUCAGAUCUGCCAUCAAAUAUCAUCCAUCCAAUGUUUUCUACACUUUAUAUGAUAGAGGUAGUUUGUUCUAGGAGGGAAUUAUAUCUUUAAGAAAAAUGAAUUUGAAAUUUGAGUUUCUGAUUUCAAUUAAAAACAAAAAUGGUUGAAAUAUG